UACAAGAUGGCGGUCUGUGGACGUUAGCAAGAAGGCCGUUGGAGUUGUUGUGUUCUCUGUGAAUUUUACUGUUUGACAAUAGGCCUCCUGCUGAGCUGUUUCACAUCGCGAACGUAAUAUGUUGAGGAAAUAGCGACUGGUACAUUUCACUGCUGCUGUGAACUUUACUCAGACGUGCAUGUUUUGUAACAUGCGGGUGGGAACAAAGUUAACAGGUCGAGGGUAGGAAAACACCAGACGGGGUGAGGUGAUAGCCUGUUAGCAGCCUGCUAGCCUGCUAGCUCCGACUCGGUUAACCAUGUCGGACACUCGGCGGCGAGUGAAAGUAUAUACGCUAAACGAAGACCGGCAGUGGGAUGAUCGGGGUACCGGACACGUUUCGUCUACGUUUGUUGAACGGCUGGAGGGAAUAUCGUUAUUAGUUCGGGCCGAAUCGGACGGAUCUCUGCUGUUGGAGUCGAAGAUAAGCCCAAAUACUGCAUAUCAGAAACAACAGGACACACUGAUUGUCUGGUCGGAAGCAGAUAAUUAUGACCUUGCCCUAAGUUUCCAGGAAAAGGCAGGCUGCGAUGAGAUCUGGGAGAAGAUUUGCCAGGUUCAAGGCAAGGACCCUGCCCUGGACAUCACACAGGACCCCAUCGAUGAGUCGGAGGAGGAGCGCUUUGAGGAGAUCCCUGAGACAAGCCACCUGGUGGAGCUCCCUCCUUGUGAACUAAGCCGACUGGAGGAGAUCGCUGACUUGGUGACCUCUGUCCUGUCUUCGCCCAUCCGGAGGGAAAAACUCGCUCUGGCCCUGAUGAGCGAGGGCUACAUCAAGAAACUCCUGGGUCUCUUCAGAGUAUGUGAGGACCUGGACAACAGGGAAGGUCUGCAUCACCUCUACGAGAUCGUGCGGGGAGUCUUGUUCCUCAAUAAAGCGGCCCUGUUUGAGGUGAUGUUCUCUGAUGACUGUAUCAUGGAUGUGGUGGGCUGCCUUGAGUACGACCCGGCGCUGGUUCAGCCUAAGCGGCACAGGGAAUUCUUGACCAAGACAGCAAAGUUUAAGGAGGUGAUCCCUAUCACGGACUCUGAGCUGCGGCAGAAGAUCCACCAGACCUACCGGGUGCAGUACAUCCAGGACAUCAUCCUGCCCACGCCGUCUGUUUUUGAGGAGAACUUCCUGUCCACACUAACCUCCUUCAUCUUUUUCAACAAGGUGGAGAUUGUCAGUAUGUUGCAGGAAGAUGAAAAGUUCCUAACAGAGGUCUUUGCACAGCUCACAGAUGAAGCCACAGAGGACAGUAAAAGGAGAGAGCUUGUGAACUUUGUCAAGGAAUUCUGUGCUUUUUCACAAACGUUGCAGCCACAAAACAGGGACGCUUUCUUCAAAACUCUGGCAAAUCUAGGCAUUUUACCUGCUCUUGAAAUAGUCAUGGGAAUGGAUGACCUGCAGGUGAGGGCAGCAGCUACAGACAUCUUCUCUUACCUGGUGGAAUUCAGCCCCUCCAUGGUCCGGGAGUUUGUCAUGCAGGAGCCACAGCAGACAGACGACGAUGUUCUGCUGAUAAAUGUUGUGAUCAAGCAGAUGAUAUGUGACUCCGACCCUGAGUUAGGAGGAGCCGUCCAGCUGAUGGGUCUGCUCAGGACGCUCAUCGACCCUGAGAACAUGCUGGCUUCCACCAAUAAAACGGAGAAGACAGAAUUUCUGAGUUUCUUCUACAAAUACUGCAUGCAUGUUCUGACUGCUCCUCUGCUGGCCAACACUGCACAUGACAAAAACUCAAAAGAUCUGCAGGAGGGAUCAACUAAGAUCAACCCGGUCUGUCCAGAUAACUUUCAGACUGCUCAGCUGCUGGCGCUGAUCCUGGAGCUUCUGACCUUCUGUGUGGAGCACCACACCUACCACAUCAAGACCUACAUCAUGAACAAAGACCUGCUCAGGAGAGUGCUGGUGCUCAUGAACUCAAAACACACCUUCCUUGCUCUUUGUGCCCUGCGUUUCAUGCGCAGGAUCAUUGGUCUCAAGGAUGAGUAUUACAAUCGCUACAUCAUCAAAGGGAACCUGUUUGAGCCUGUCAUUAACGCCCUGCUGGACAACGGCACCCGAUACAACCUCCUCAACUCAGCCAUCAUAGAGCUCUUUGAGUUCAUUAAAGUGGAGGAUGUCAAGUCUCUCAUAGCUCACAUUGUGGAUAACUUCUACAAAGCACUUGAAUCCAUUGAGUACGUCCAGACUUUCAAGGGCCUAAAAGGCCGUUAUGAGCAGGAAAAAGACAGGCAGAGUCAGAGACUCAACAGAUAUCGCAGAGAUGCACGGUCAAUGGACGAGGACGAGGAGUUGUGGUUCAAUGACGACGACGAUGAUGAUGAUGGAGAGGCUGUGGAGAAGAGCCGAAUGGAGGAUGACUUCUCUGACAGCUACGGCAAGUACAUGGAAGCCAAAAAAGGAGCUGCCAACGGAGCAAAUGGUGCCAACAAUAACGGGAAAGCUGCUGUAAUCCCACCUGCCUCACCAGCCGUCACUCCAAACAACAGUUCAACUUCUUCUGUCAAAACAGUUGCUCUUCCUGCGACACCAGUGGUGAAGACUGCUCUGGUUGGUUUGGUGGACUACCCUGACGAUGAGGAUGACGAGGAAGAAGACGAGGAGGAAGAGCAGUCUCCAACAAGGAAGCGUCCCCGUCUCAGCUCUUAAGGCUAACUGUCCUCUGUUUGGUCGUAGUGGACGGACACCGAGUCCCUCCCAUCCUCCCUCCUCUGGUCGUCUCAUUGGUCCUUGGCCUGCCUGUGCCACCUGCCCGUCUCACUGAGGAGACGGGCAAAGACGAGCUCCCACCUCACCCAGUCCCUCCUGAUCUCUGCUCCUCUUUUGUCCCUCAGUGGAAGGAGAUGGAGAGCUUGUCUUUUGGAAAAAAAAGACAAAUCAGUCUGUUGAUUUUACCUCUUACUUUCACCAACAGCCUCCCCCUGGAGAUCCCAAAAUCUCCUUUUCCUCCUCCCCAGGAGAAACUCAUCAUCCCUCCUCUCUGUCGUCACACUCUUCCUGCUCUGACCUCCUCCUGAACAACUUUCUCCUCCUCAUCCACCAUCCUACGUAACAACCAGAGACGCUGCGGUGGAUGUAACAGUGCCAAGGCGGUUCCUAACUCUGCUCUGUUGCUAUAGCAACAGUAGCAAGGAAACUGCGGUACUCGAGCAACCCCACAGGAACCCUCACACGUCCUCAUUUGAACUCUCCCUUCCAUCCGUCUCGAACCCGAACCGAUGAGCUCCAGAGACAGAGGAAGCCAGAACACAACCAGCCAGCGUACGAACUGUUCAGCAGGCCAGUCAGGCUAGCAGGACUAGCCGUCAUAGUUAUAGAAAGCUUGACUGGCUGAAGCAGCGUGUGCCGCCGUGCCACAGAACUGUUCACUUUUGUCGGAGAUUGAGGGAUCUAGGCAACACGGAAGAAUUAUGACAAAACGUUGAGAGACGAGGGAGGUCACAAAUGAUGAAAACUCAACAGUACUGAGGCUUAGAUUCAGAGGAGCAGGACUCAAACCUUCAGAAGCCAUGGCGUCAGUUUGGCCAAGGCACACACAAAACACACACACACAUACACACGACGUCUCAGACACACACACACACACACACACACACACACACACACACACACACACACGACGUCUCACACACAGGACUGCGUUUGCCAGAGAUCCUGUAUUUCAUGACUUUGUUAAAAAGUACUGUACAGAUGUUUUAUUUUCUUUUUAAUCAUUUUUUUCCUUGAUCUGAUUUUCAAAGGGGGGAGAGAGAUACCUACCUGCCUGUGUAUUUUUGUUGUCGUUGCACAAAAGGUGGGGUCACUGUUCACCCUUUCAGUCCAGUUCAUUUGAUUCAAUGUAAAAUGCAGAGAAGUUGCAAAUGCUGGUUUUAAUAAUAACGUAUUAAAACUGCAGUAAAGUCAUUUUUGCAGCCACA